AUGUUUUUAAGGCCUCUUCAAGGUCGGCUUACUGCAGUGGCCCGUUGCGCCGCCCGUCGGCCACUGAGACCAUCCUGGUCCGUACGGCAACUAUCUAGCUCAACUAGAUAUCCAACGUUAUCACAGUUCAACCGGUCCGAAUUCACAAGUCAACCAUUUUCAGGCAGUUAUGAGACGGGGCUACCUACACCAGGGCCCUUGGGCUCAACCCCGGCAUUUGGAGCCCCGCGCAUCACGCCAAAGGUGCUGAAGCAGUACCUCGAUCAGUAUGUUGUGGGGCAGGACCGCGCAAAGAAGAUAUUGAGUGUCGCCGUAUACAACCAUUAUCAGCGAGUGCAGGAGGUAGUGCGCCGGGAAGAAGAGCAGGCUGAAGCUACUAUCAAGCGUCAGCGCAGAGAGGCGCUCGAAAGCCACCCCUUGGACGAUGAGCUCGCACUUCCUCACAAGGGAACCGGUACAUCCAACGCGACCAAAACUCGCCAGCAUUCUACACCUCUAGAGCAACCAGAACUCACCGACUCGUCACCGCUACAGCUCGAGAAGUCGAAUGUCUUACUACUGGGUCCAUCAGGUGUCGGAAAGACGCUGAUGGCAAAGACACUUGCCCGAGUUCUUUCUGUGCCUUUUAGCAUAUCUGACUGCACGGUGUUCACACAGGCUGGCUACAUCGGAGAGGACGCUGAACAGUGUGUUCACCGACUUUUGGCAGCGGCGGACUACAACGUGGAGCAGGCGGAGCGCGGAAUCAUCGUUCUAGAUGAGGUUGACAAGCUCGCAGCAGCGAAAGUCAGUCAUGGCAAAGAUGUGGGAGGCGAAGGAGUUCAGCAGGCGCUUCUCAAGAUCAUCGAAGGCACAACUGUGCAAGUGCAAGCAAAGCCGGAGAAGAACCCUCGGGCAACCAGCCCCCCAAACAGCUUCCCUUCCAACAGCCCGCUAGGAAACGGGCCAUUCCAACCCAACAACCCCAAUCCAGCCGCGAAAGGCGAAGUAUACAACGUACGGACAGACAACAUCUUGUUCGUUUUCUCCGGCGCCUUCGUCGGACUUCACAAAACAAUCAUGGACCGAAUCUCCCGUGGAUCCAUAGGAUUCGGCCAACCCGUCCGCACACCUUCGAACACCAACGAUUUCCCCGGUUCAUCAAACAUAUCACCAAGCCAACCCCUCCCAAUUCUCCCCGGGUCCGAGGAAGAAGCCUUAUAUAAGAAGCAUCUACCCUUCUUCGCAUCCGCAUCGCCAGCUGGUUCUGGCGCCGAGCCAACCUUCUUCAACGCCCUCGACCUAAUAACACCCUCUGAUCUCCAGAGCUACGGUUUCAUCCCAGAGCUGAUUGGUCGAAUCCCAGUUACAGCAGCUCUCUCCACCCUAUCUCAGCCUUUACUCAUGCGCAUUUUAACUGAGCCGCGCAAUUCCCUACUCGCCCAAUACACAACACUCUUUUCUCUCUCGGGUAUCGAACUGAGAUUUACCACGCCGGCACUUCAGAAGGUCGCAGGGAAUGCAUUCACCAUGGGCACUGGAGCAAGAGCUCUGCGCACGGAGAUGGAAACUAUUCUGAGUGAUGCGAUGUUCGAAGCACCGGGAUCAAGUGUGAAAUUUGUUCUCGUAACAGAGGCUGUUGCCGAGCGAAAGGAGAAGCCUGUUUAUCUUGCCCGUGGUCAGGGCGGUCGUUUCCAUGCUAUGAUUUCCGCCGAGGAAAGCGUGUGGGAGGAGAAGACGAAGAAGGAACAGGAUAAGAAGAAGGCCCAGGAUGAAGGUGGAGCCUCUCAUCCUUCCAACUUCCAGGAGUACAGGACGAAGGCAGUUGGUUAG